AUGAGAACCAUCAUCUUUGCCUUGGUCGGGGCGUCACUGGCCGCCAGUGCAGCCACCGCAGCUCCAAAAGUGCCAGACUUUGUUAUUGACUAUGCUCCAAUCGUCGCACUCGAUAAGAAUGAAGUCCUAUUCCCUUCGGAUAUUGGCAAGCAGAUACUCAACACCGUUCCCGAAGUCAACUUCACCAAAGUCGGCGAAAAGUUGCGUCCACUGACACUCGACAACUUGAACCAGCUCAAUAAGCUUGGUAACACAUCAGUCUUUCUGACAGCCAAAGAAGACGUAACAGAUCUUGCGAGGGAGCCGUCUUGGGUACAUGGUGUUAAGCCAAAUGCCCAAGGCGAGACCGUAGGCGCCGUCUCCUGCGCCAUCAUUCUUCGAACCCACCCUGACAAUUCUUCCGUUAUCGACGCCUUUUACUUCUAUUUCUUCGCCUUAAAUAACGGCGGGCACGUGCUUGGGGUUCCCGAAGACUUUCAUCUUGGCGACUGGGAAAAUUCAGUGGUCCGCUUCGUGAACGGCAAGCCAACCCAGAUAUUCUUGUCCCAACAUGAGGAAGGCGAGGCUUUCAAAUACGACGCGCUUCAGAAAAUUGGCAAAAGGGCUCUCAUUUUCUCAUCGUUCGGCGGCCAUGCCAACUAUGCCACGAACGGAUCUCACAAUAUCCCAUUCACGCUGCCCCCGCUGCCCGCGGUCAAUUUGAGCUCAGUGAAUAUACCAGGCCUUCCUGCUGGCGCUUUGAGUCACUUGAAUCUCUCUACUAUCCUGGAGGCUGUUCUGCCUAAAAACCUGCUCCAAGAUACCACAUCACGGGGUGCUCUCUGGGAUCCGGUCAAGAAUGCUUACGCUUAUAACUACACCUUUGACUUUAAUCCGAAACGCUCAGCAGAAGAAAACAAUCAGUUCACUCCACUGGCUACCAAGAACCACGCCAAGCCGCCAGUUAGCUGGUUGACAUAUUUUGGGCAGUGGGGAGACCAGGAAUAUCCCCUGACAGACGUUCGACAGUUUGCGAUUCUCAAUAUCCCUCAGCUGGCGUACUUUCAGGAUGGGCCAAAUGGGCCUGUGUUUAAGAGCCUUGUGCGCCCUACAAUAUGCCCGCCUAGGAUGACGAAUUGCACUGUCAAAACUUCGCUGAAGCAGGCCAAUUAG